AUGUUUGGAAAUCCACUCACAUCAGACGUCGUCAGUGAUGUUUGUAAUUUACAGGCCUUUGCAUUGAAUUUAUUUGGCCUCAUGUCCGUCUUCUGGAAUGCAGCAAUUGCUCAUUGUUUGCACCGAAAAAUCGUCCAUCGUGAUAGUGAAGCAAGACUCAAGAGUAGGUUCAAGCUCUAUGUACUACUCGUCAUUGUGCCUGCCGUCGGCUGCAGCGUCGCGCUCUACGCCGCCCGCCUGUUCGGAGAUGCUACGUUUUACUGCUGGGUUGAGUCGCGCCCCGAGCAGUUUUGGGCCUUCUAUUUGUUCGUCAUUGUUGCAAUUUUCUACAUCAGUGUGAUCCUCUGGGUCACGCACAACCGCAUUUCACGUGACUUUCGAGACGCGAAUUUGGAUGCACAAGAGUCGUGGGCAUUGGUCACUGCGAAGCUGAGGAUUUACAUAGCAGCGUUCAUUGUGCUCUGGACGCCUAGCAUCGUCUACCGACUACUUGGCGAUGAGCUUGGAUCGGCAAGGUUUGCGGUGGCACUUUUAAUGCAGCUUACUAUGUGUGCUCAGGGCUUGACUAAUGCCAUUAUCUACGGAGGACUCCUUACAAAGCUGUACCGAAUCGUACUGUGCAAGCCAUCAAUCGUACAUGUGCACAAGUUUGUAGCCUCGCCGUCGUUUCCUACUACGAACACUAGCACCGAUCUUAGUAUGGUGAAGCACUAUCGCCAGCCUGCAAAAAUCUUUGUCUCUACUUUCAACAUGGGUGAGGCCAAACUCACACCCGCUCAAUUGGACAAGUGGAUACCGCUCGGUCAUGACAUUUAUGUCAUUGGCCUUCAGGAGUGUCUGCACCUGGCAAAUACCCGCAGCUUGAUUCGCCAGCACCUUGACGGUGGACGUCCAAGGCCAGCAGCGAGCGGGGCUUGCAAAGCAUCAAAGUUUCACCAGUAUAAUCGUGAGAUUGGAAGCAAGAACACUUCGUUGGGUUACCAUGGCCAUAUCGCUAUUACAGUGUUCGUUAAGUCCUCAGAUGUCGACAGCGGUGCUUUCUACAUGCCGCCGGUGGUGCAGCAGGAAAUCAACGUGGGCAAAUCUUUGGUGCUGGGCCGUGCAUCAAAUAAAGGUGCUGUAGGCUUUGCUUUCCGAUACUUCGACACCUCGUUUGCAUUUGUAGCGUGCCAUUUAUCCUCGGAUCCCAAGGGAAAAUCAAAAGUAAGGCGACGAAAUCGUGACUCACAGGAUAUUUUGCAAGAACUACAUUUGAACCUGGAGGAUGUGGGCUUUGAGUUUCCAUACGUGCAUCACCAUAGCUUUAUUCUGGGUGACCUCAACUAUAGGCUGACAAAGCGUGAUGCAAACGCAGAUACCAUUCUUGAGCUUGUAUCGAUGGUGCGACAGUGUGAAACUGUGAAGCCUGCUCCAAUUAAGCGGAAUCGCAGCUUGCGCCGCGGGUUGCUGGGCAGACGGUGGAGCCCUAUGAGCAGUUACGGUUUCAGUAGCUCUUUUGGUCUCGGCAGUUCUCUAGAUGCCAGCAGUGACAGGGACAGCAAUGAACUUAAUGUUAGCAUGCUGGAGCGUGGUGUCAAGAGCAAUUCCUCAGCAUUUGCGUCGUCAAAUGGGAGCAUCAACAGCAUUCGAUAUUCAGCAGAUUGCGAGCUCGUGGACGACGACAAAUUUGUAUGGGAUGACGUGCUAGCGCAUGAUGAGUUGUUAACUGGUAUGCGCGACGGGCAGAUUUUCUACGGGUUUCGUGAAGCUAAAAUUGCGUUCCCGCCUACUUUUCGCCGUGUGCGUGGGGCAGCACUGAACUUCGACGCGGGAAAUUGGCCGAUGGAGGAGCUAAUGAAGUGUUACACUACUGUCGUAGAAGGUCAUGGGAAGCGGGUGCCGUCAUACACAGAUCGAAUUCUGUUUUUCUCUCAGCCAGAUAUGCGUCAUCGUCUGCGGUGUGCUGUAUAUGCGUCCUGUGAAGAAGUCAGCUGCUCAGAUCACAAGCCAGUGCUAGCAGCGUUCCAAGCGCUUGUCAAUCGCGACUUCCUGCCGAUUGAAACGGAACUUUCGACCAAAAAGCUUCAGCGGAUGCAGGAUGUAAAUGGUGUCCUUGAGUGUCGACUACGUUUGAAAUUUGGCAACGUAUCGUGGCAGCCUGAUGUCGAAGCCUACUUUCCCCUCAUUUUAGUAGGCAGCUCUGUUGAUUUCGAUCAGCGGUUCUCGAACUAUGAUCGUCACGGAUAUCAAGUGAUGGUGACGAUCGUUUUCCCCUUGCCGUCAGAAGACAUUUUUUCCGCGCAACGCAAGCUACUGGAGCUAGCGGAAUUAAUGAGUGGCGGCGUAUACUUGGAAAACACGGACCGGCUGCUGUGUAAGACAAAUGUGGCUCAUGUCAAGUGGGCUGACUUCGUGCGCGACGGUAUUACGCACGCCACCUUCGCGCGGCCGACUGGAAACAUGCACGUGGCGAUCAAAGUGCAUGCUGGUACUCAAGGUCCGUGCUUUGGUCAGGGUGUGAUUUGUAUUUCGCAGGCAACGAACAGUGACAGGGAGGAACAAGCAGACGGGAUUCAGAAGCAGAACAAUUUUGUUGUGGAACUCGCACAUGGUGGAAGACAUACAGGGACGUUGUCAGGCUGCAUGAGUUUGCAGCUCGUGCAACGCACCAGCGACGCUUGA